CUUUUCUUUGAAAUACGAAAGGGACUCGAAAGCCAAGUCAGCUACCGUGGAAAAUCAAUCGCUCCAUAACCGCCAGAGCUUCGGUUUCCACCUUCCGAUUUCAAAUUUCAGAUAUUUUUCUUUUUCUUUUCUUUUCAGAGCUUCCAAACGCUGUCCACAGUGAACAGAGAAUCGCAGACUCGGAGAACCUGGAAUUUUUAGUUAUCCAGUAAAGCCGAGCUCUGAUUGGGUUGCGUGAAGUCGCCACGUGUCUCAGAUUCCGGCGCAGAGCAUGGCCAUCGUGGACAACCAGCAGCAGCGGCGGCGGCAUAAGUCGCACUCGGAUAUGAAGCUUUUCAGGUUCUGUCCCUUUUGGCAUUCGGGAGGCCAAACGUCGUCGUUGUCGUCGUCGACAUCUUCUUCAACACAGAACCUCCACCAUGGCCGAAGUAGUAAUCGACAAGUUGAGGGGUCACAACAGAGGUCGAAAACGGUGUCGUCGGUGGCGAGAUCGCUUCUUCCUCCUCGGCGUAGACUCCGGCUCGACCCUUCCAAUACCCUCUACUUCCCCUACGAACCAGGGAAACAGGUUCGGAGUGCAGUCAAGUUGAAGAACACUAGCAGGUCUCAUGUAGCUUUCAAGUUUCAAACCACUGCACCAAAAAGCUGCUAUAUGCGUCCUCCUGGUGGUAUCCUUGCUCCUGGAGAAAGCCUAAUUGCUACUGUGUUCAGAUUUGUUGAACAGCCUGAGAACGAUGAAAAACAUUUGGAUUCGAAGACCAAGGUUAAGUUUAAGAUAGUGAGUUUGAAGGUGAAAGCAGGAACCGACUAUGUACCUGAGCUGUUUGAUGAACAAAAGGAUCAAGUUGCAGAGGAGCGAAUUUUGCGGGUUGUAUUUUUAGAUGCCCAGCGUCCUGGUCCUGCUCUGGAAAAACUGAAGCGUCAGUUGGCCGAAGCUGAGGAGGCACUUGAAGCUCGUAAGAAACCUCCUGUCGACACAGGGCCCAAGGUUGUUGGGGAAGGUCUUGUAAUAGAUGAAUGGAAAGAACGAAGGGAGAAAUACUUGGCUCGGCAGCAGGUUGAAGCAGUAGAUUCGCUGUAAACUGUGAUGUUGCCCUGUUUUUAAGUGCGUUUUGCUAUGAUGGAAAUGCUGUAAGGUUGUCUCAUUUUAUCCAUCAGUCAUUGGUUUUGAGUAGGAAUCCCAGUGGGAUGGGUUGGCAUUCUAGGGCGUUUAUGUGUACAUAGAGAGAAGGGGAAAAAAAAAAAAAAAAAAAAAUCAAUUGUGAUGCCCUUGUUUGUGAAACCAGUUGUUGUACCUCAUAGCGAGCCGAAGCCUGCUGUUUGUAGAUAUUGUAUUUUGCUUUAGAAUGAAUAAAAUGCGAGACACCGAAGGCAAAGGUUCUUUUCAA